ACCUCACAAUUACAAUUUCAGAAAAUUGAUUAUCUCUUCUUCAUCCACUUGUCUCUUCUAAUUUUCUUCAACACCAAGUGCAUGUCCUAUACCAUACACUAUAUCAAAAUAAAUAAUUUUUUUUGGAAGGAAACUGAAGAUGAUGGAAAUUGUGUCCCCCAUCUACGUGCCUGAACUUGAAUAUGAGGAUCUCAGUUUCUUUCAUCAAUACCCUAUGGAUUCUCUUGCAUCUCCAUUUGACAACUUUGGCUUUAACUUUGACAACAACUACGAAACUACGCCAAAUUGUUUACCAGUUGAAACUCAUCAUGAUGAUCCCUACGUUGCUCAAACAAGACCAACCAAGAAGAUCAAAACUUUAAGUGACACUAAACAAACCAAUGAUCACUUGAUACCCUCAAACCCUAAACCUUCUUCUUAUUCAUCACCUCAACUCAUUUCUUUUGAGAACUUCAAUGCAACACCAGUUUCUUCUCAGCAAUUUUACAACCAUCAUUAUUCUGAUGUAAAGCCUAAACUCGAGAAAGGUUGUAAUGGAAACAAAGAUUUUGCCUCAAACUAUGAUAACCGAGUGAAUCAGACGAGGAGCGCGACUCAAGCGAAAGAACAUGUAAUGGCUGAAAGAAAACGAAGAGAAAAGCUCACGAGAAGUUUCAUUGCUCUUUCUGCCAUCCUUCCUGGCCUCAAUAAGAUGGAUAAGGCUUCUGUGUUGGGAGAUGCAAUAAAGUAUAUGAAACAACUACAAACACGUCUGCAUACACUUGAGGCACAAGCUGAAGACAACAAAAAAACUGGAUCUGCAAUUCAAGUGAAGAGAUCUGUUAUCUUCUCCACUGACAAUAAUCAUGAUGAUGAUGACAGCAACUCCAACAACCAGACACUUCCUGAAAUCGAAGUAAGAGUUUCAAGAAAAGAUGUACUCAUCAAGAUUCAAUGCGACAAACACAAUGGACGUGCCUCAACCUCCACGGUACUCGGAAAAUUAGAAACCCUAAAUCUCACAGUCCAAAGUAGUAACCUAUUGCCCUUCGGAAACAACAUUGUUGAUCUAACUAUUGUUGCUAAGAUGAACGAGGAAAACUGUGUGACAGCAAAGGAUCUCCUAGGAAGCAUACGACAGGCAUUAAUCGUCCAUAAUAAUUAACAAGUUGAAGGAUUAAUAUUACUUAAUCUAAAUCAAUAAGUUUAUUCAACAACUAUUUUUUAUCACAGUGCUUUCAAUCUUUUUUUUCCUUGCUGAGGAUUCUGGAGUAUAACAUACAUGAAGGAAAGUCCUGCGGUUGAAGAAUCUGAUAUCUAUUUUCAAAUUUUCACAUGUAUGAUUCAUUUGUUUCCCAAGGGUUGUUUUGUUGUGUUCGAGGUCGGUGUGUGGAAUUUCAACAGAUGGUGCCAAAGUGUUUUUCUUCUGUUGUGUUAUUUUUUGCAUAGUUGACUUGACUGAUUAACUAUGUUAAUUCCACACAUGUGUAAUUCUUCACUUUUUUAAUCAUUCUUGGGAUGGUUUUUUUAGAAGGUUUGACAAAUUGGAUAGACCUCUUUCUUCCAUCUUUCAUGUUGUGAAAAGGUUCUGGUUUGAUAGAAACUGUGCCAACUACUUCUUUUUUAAUUAUGUUUUCUUUUGUCGUUUGUGAUUACAUAUUUUGUAUAAAAUUCUUAUGAAUACAGUCUUGAU